AUGAUAAUAGAAGAAAUAAUUACACCUAUUAUAUUAAUAGUAAUAGUUUACCUAAUUUCCAAGAUACACAUUAUUAAUAGAUUAAUUAUUAUUGAAUAUAUUUCUAUCAUAGUAAUCAUUCUGAUAAUAAUUUUUGUUAAAAGGAUAACUUUAGAGAAUCACAAUGUUUUAUACUUUAUAAUUCUAUUAAUUACAGAAAGAGUACUUGGACUAUCUAUUUUGGUUAGAAUAAUUCGAACUCAUGGAAACGAUUUUUUAAAAUCUUCAACAGUGUUAAAAUUAUAA